AUGGAGGUGACAAGCGCCACUUUCCCGGAUUAUCUUCCGUUCAUAUUGAACGACAUCUCCGUCAGCUGUUUUGUUAGCCUGGACUUUGAGCUCUCUGGCUUGGCAUUUGCCCCAUUCAUCCCUACUAAGCCGCAAACGCUCCAAGAGCGGUACGAACAAACGAAGGCUGCGGCGGAGAAGUAUCAGAUCUUGCAAGUUGGACUCACAAUUUGCCAUGAGAACCUGGAAACCGCCUCGUAUUGUGUCAAGCCAUACAACUUCAAUCUCAAUCCCAUUCCGCACCGUGAUUCCGAGGUCAAUCGAGACUGGACAUCCAGCAGCCGGGCCAUGGAGUUCCUCCUCCGACAUGGAUUCAGUAUGAAGACUAUGUGUCAACAUGGCAUCCAGUAUCUUUCCCGUGCGGAAGAGCAAUUUGCACUGGCAAGAGCUAAGGAACGAUACAACCAAACCCCUCGUCAAGACAUGGACAUCAAAGAAGAUGACCAUAAAUCUCUGGAAUUCCUCGCCGAGGUUCGAACUAUGAUCACCGACUGGCUGGCAAAGGGAAAGGACCGAGCUCAACGGCGAAAUCUUUUACCUUCGAACCAAGAGGUCCCACUGGGCAUUAGAUCCGAUGGAUAUGACGCCAUGCAGAAAUGGCUUGUUCACCAGCUGGUCGCUAAUGAAUUCCCCAAUCUGCGGUCUAGAACAGGGUCCAAGUUCAUCCAAAUCGAUGCUGUGGACGUCAAGAGCGAGCAGGCGGCCGAAGAGCAGAGGGUGAAGAUCAAAAAGGCACAACUCCAGAAGCACAUCGGAUUCCGUUGGGUUGCAGAGUCGCUGGUUGGCGGCAAUCUUGAGGAGCUUGGCUCAGAGAUGUUCAGACCCUUGAUGCGAAGAAUCAAAAAUCCCACUUAUGGAAUCGACACAAUGGUCAAUCGGGUCAAGACAUGCCUCCAGAUUAACAGACCUGUUCUAGUCGGCCACAACAUGUUUUGUGAUCUACUCUUCUUCCAUGCAUGCUUCCUUGGUCCAUUGCCUGAUACUAUCGAAGAGUUUCAGACUGCCAUCCACAAAUUGUUCCCUGUGCUUAUUGAUACCAAGUAUCUGGAUACUUAUGACUGCGGCUCUACCAAUCCCGCCUCUUCGCUGGCUGAUUUGCAUGCCAAGUUGAUGAACGUGGACACUCCCAAGAUAGAGCUGGAUCCUCGCUUCACGAAGUACAGGUGGCGCGCGAUUAGCCAUGAAGCAGGAUACGACAGCAUGAUUUGCGCCAUGGCCUUUAUUAAAUUGGCAGGUCAGAUCCAGCGGGGAGAUAGUAUUCCCUCACCACCAAAAAGCCCUGACAUCGAGGACGAGGAGGCCUCGCCUGUGGUUGAGGCGUCUGACCAUGUUUCACUUCCCACCACCCUGGCGGACACUGGAUGUCCCGAAAUCCAUGCCCUGGCCGACAAGGGCGUCUUGCUGCCUCGUCUGGGCAGCAAGUUCUGGGAGGACUACGGAAACAGACUGCGGGUGUUUGGCACUAUGGAGAGGAUGGUGCGGGUGGGAGUCAAGACCACCAAGGAGAGUCAUCUCCUAGAUAUGGACUGA